AUGUCGUUUGAUAGAAAUCAAGAUGGUAAGCUGAAGGUCAAAACUUCCUCCAAGUUGCCGGUAUCGCCGACGUUCGAGUCUAUGAAACUACAGGAGAACCUGCUACGGGGUAUCUAUGGGUAUGGCUUCGAAGCUCCUUCUGCAAUUCAGUCGAGGGCUAUCACGCAGAUCAUCCGAGGUAAGGAUGUCAUCGCGCAAGCUCAGUCAGGCACCGGUAAGACAGCAACCUUCACGAUAGGUAUGUUACAGGUGAUCGAUUCGAGCAGCAAGGACUUACAGGCUCUAGUGCUGUCGCCGACUCGAGAGCUUGCAGCGCAAAUCUCGCAGGUAGUGCGUAACUUGGGAGAUUACAUGAACGUUGUAGCUCUUGCUUGCACUGGGGGGAAGGCGCUGCAGCAGGAUAUAAGCAAGGUUAACAAGGGCUGCCAUGUAAUGAGCGGUACCCCAGGUCGGGUACUCGAUAUGAUUAAACGUCGGAUUAUAAACACCAGGCACGUGAAAAUGCUUGUGUUAGAUGAGGCUGACGAACUCCUGAGUGAGACACUAGGUUUCAAGCAGCAACUUUACGAUAUCUUCACAAAAUUGCCAUCGUCAGUGCAAGUGGUGGUGGUAAGCGCUACGAUGAGUAAGGACGUGUUGGAGGUCACCAAAAAGUUCAUGUCUGAUCCAGUCAAGAUUUUGGUAAAGCGGGACGAGGUGUCGCUGGAAGGCAUAAAGCAAUACCAUAUAAACGUGGAUAAAGAAGAAUGGAAGUUCGACACGCUUUGCGAUUUGUACGAUUCCCUGACUAUCACCCAGUGUGUGAUAUUCUGUAACACAAAGAAAAAGGUGGAUUGGCUGUCGCACAAGCUGAUACAGAAUAACUUUGCAGUCGCGUCCAUACAUGGAGACAUGAAGCAAGAUGACCGAGACAAAGUCAUGAGUGACUUUAGGUCAGGCAGCUCCCGCGUGCUUAUUUCCACAGAUGUGUGGGCCCGUGGGAUUGAUGUUCAACAGGUUUCGCUGGUUAUCAACUACGAUCUGCCUGAACUUCUCGAGAACUACAUCCAUCGGAUAGGCCGUUCGGGCAGGUUUGGAAGAAAGGGGGUAGCAAUAAAUUUCAUUACAAGAGAAGAGGUCACCAAGCUGAAGUCAAUCGAAAAGCAUUAUUCGAUCAAAAUCAAGCCAAUGCCCGCAGAUAUCGACAGUCUUUCCUAG